UAAUGGCGGACCGUCAAAACUAGCCAAUGGCCGUCCUAACUUAUCAUUAAAGCCGGGAAACACACACCAAAAGGCGGGUAGCGGGUACAACAAACCCGCUAGGUAGAGGUGACAGAAUCACCAGCUGUCCGAUGUGUCCAGCAAUCCGGAAGACAAGGUGGACUCAUGUCUCUGAAUAAAGCUGCUGGAAAGUUGGCAUAGCGAUGUGUAGUCGCUUGCGAAGUGAGGCGGGGCCGCCAGCCUCUGUCUCUUCCCAGGCUGCCCUUGCUGGGCAAGACAACAGGAGAGAGAUAUCUCAUGUCUGGAAUAGUCUAAAUCAAACCAAAGCUGCCUUGCGACACAUUGAGAAUCGUCUGGAGGCAGCGCCAGGCACUGGAGUGCUUCUGGACUCAGUGCUUGACACAAAUAAAGCAUCUGUGAGUGGCGGUCGGAAAAUAAGCCGCAGAGAUGGGCGUCAUGCAGAGGAAAGUGGAUCCAAGUCCAGAACACGGAGUCGACGCAGUCCAGACAAAAGUUCCCGUAGUCCCUUGAGGAAUAGCACUCUGGACAGCAACGCCAGGAAACUCAGUGCAGUGGAGUUCAGAGAACCACUCGUUUCAUACAGGGAAGCAUCUCCGCUGCCAGUGUCCCAGACUCACUCUCAACCAGAAGUCCAUUCGUUACCGACAGAGGUGGGCGUCCCUCAGGCUGACUUUGCUCUAAGCCAGCUGGUUUAUCAGCGUGACACCCGAGACAUGCAGACUGCUGACCUGGACAGCCCACGCUCCUCAGCUGUAGACAGCACAUCUGUACGCUACCUCAAUGACCUGUCUGCUCUCAACGCCAUUCACCAACCUGACCAAGCCCCACUAGGGUUAGAGGUCAUCCCCAGAACACAUUUACAGGCCGAGACAUCCCAGACUUCCCUGACAUCCAUCACCGGUUCAGUCACAGCUUCCCUAUGGCUGCAGAACAUGCGGCGUCGGCAACCUGAUGAAAAGCUGGAAAAGCUGAAAGAGAGAAUCCGCAGACAGAGGGAACAUUUGGAGGAGACAGAAGAAAGAAACAAGCUGCUGGGAUACUUGGAGCAACCUGUGGGUAUUGGAGCGGCAGCACAUAGUACCACAGUACCUACUGCUAAAGUUCGGAAAGUGGCCCCAGCCCCUCCAGCGCCCAUUUACAAAGGCUUCAACACCAGUGAGACUAAGAUUCGCACACCUGAUGGGAAAGUGUGGGCAGAGGAGGACUUCCAGAACUUAAGCAGGGAAAUAUACAAAGACCUGACAAAACAGCUUACAGCAGAGAGCACAAAACCAAAGCAGAGGCCUGCAGAGCGAGAAAAGGUGAAAGAGAAGAAACCAUCCAAACCUGUUAGGAAAGUACACAGAUCUUCCUCUGCACCGGACUCAAAUACUAAACCAGCAAUCAGCACGUCAUCGUGGCGAGAUGGGCAGAAGCUGGUGAAGAUGAUGCUGGGGCCACCGCCACGGUUACACAGAGAGCCUCGGGUGAAGUCCUCAGAGACACAGAUGAGAACAGGACCUGGUCCCCGUUCCAGCUCUGAUCCUCGUCUUGAGUGUAGCCGGCGUUCAAGGCCCACUAGUGCAGAAAGACCUCGCAAUCACGUUCUUCCAGAAGAGCCAGCUGGACCUUCCAGAUCAACAGAGGGUGAUAGAAGAAAAUCUCCCAGCACAGACCUUCUCUCAGUAGACAUCCGUGGCAUCCUAGAUGACCUGCAGCUGGAGGAGGACAGCAGCAGGAGGGCAGAAGCGCCCUGCUCGAAAGUCCAUGCCUCAACCAGAGUUUCUCGUAGUGCCAGCCCUGCCAAGACUACCAAGAGAGCAGAUCCUCCUGAGCAUCCCAUGGCAAAGAAGCGGCACUAUGACGCAGAAGCGGUGCGACUGUAUAUUGCUCAAAAACAAGAAGAAAGGAAAAAACGGCAAGCAGAGGAGAGGAGGGCUCAGCGGGAGGAAGAAGAGAACAAGAAUAAACGCCUACAGGAGCUUUACAGGAGACAACGAGCAGGGGCCACCAAGGGCCCAGUCACACCUGAAGGUCCAAUAAAGAAGCGGCUCCAGGAAACAUACACCAAACUUCUGCUGGAACAGACUCAGCUCAGAGAAGAGAUCAAUGGCGGUGCCAUAACAAACAUAGUCCAGCAGCCGAGAACAGUAUACCAGCCAUCUGGAGAGUCUGAUAAAGAAAACAAAAGACAUGAUCGACCUCAAAGUGCCACCUCCAGCAGUGAUCUGUCCCUUACGGGGCAAUGCCAGCCUCCUUUCUCCAGGAAUGGUUUGGGUUUUGCAGGGUCACCCUGGCUUCAAUCUGACCAGUGUAGUCCUGCUCUGAGGGUCAGCAGCUCCCUAGCACCUCCUUCUGGCCAUAUCUUCUCUCAGCUGUUAGAACUUGAUCCAGAACCUUCAGUACCUAACAGAGAGUCCCUAACUGCACAUGCAGUGUUUCCCUCAACCACAGGCCACAAAAUGAGUCGUAUUGAGGCUCUUAAGGCCACAGCUGCCUCUCUCUCCAGCCGUAUUGAGAGCGAGGCACGUAAGCUAACCGGUGCCGGAAUAAACUACGGUUGUGCCAGGGAUACAGGCACGGGUCUUUUAAUCCCUAAUGAUGACCGCUGGGCUAAACCUGUCAGUCCGCCAGUCAGAGAGAAUCCGACAGAUUCUGAUGACCUGGUUGAGAGGAUUGAAAAACUGCUUGCUGCGGGUCAGAGCACCUAUGAUCAGGCCCUUCCAGGUGUGGGCAACCUGCACAGCUUUAGGGAGAGGAUGGAGACUGGGAACAAACAAACACUUGCACCUUCUGGCCUCAACUCUAGAAACAAACGCAAGACCCCUUCUCCUCCAAAGCCCUUUGUUCAGGAAGUUGAGCUGGACUCCAGCGGAGGUUCUAUCAGUGAGGGUCCUCUGCUGAGUGAGGGCAGUAUAUCUGACGAAGACCUGCAAGAGCUGCCCAAAUCAAGACUGGGAACCACAGGAUACAGUGCACACCUGAAUGGAGACAGUUUGAACCCAAUUUCACGCUUUCAGAAAGAGGCAGAGAAGCACCUGCCCUUUAAUGUGUCAAAUAUGGUACAAGAAGGAAGCAAUGGACCAUGGGAAGAACUGGCCAAGGGAAGCCCACACAGUGUUAUCAAUAUAUUCACAAAGAACAUGAGCUACAGCAAAGCAUUUGAAGAAAGGGGUGGUAAGAGAUCUCUGGCUCUCCGCUCUGCUCUGUCUGGUGCCAGCUCAUUGGAUGGAAUGGUCUACGAGGAAGACUUUGUUUCCUCUCGCGCCAGUAGCCAAUCAGCAUCCAAGAGAAGUCCCAAUGGGCUCAGUAAUGGCCACGGUCGGUUCAGUCCUCCAGAUGAGGUGCUAAGUGUUAGAUCUGCAUACAGUAACAGAGCUGGGGAGAGAUCUCAACAUUCACCAGCUCUUACACCCCUCUCCUCUCCACACUCAGCCAGCUCAAGCAGCAAGAGAGCUUCAGAAAGGAGCUUGCUGGAGGGACAAAGAAACACAUCCUCUGCAAUCUCUGAUCUCCCUGCUGAGGGUUUUAAGAAGAGCGGCUCAGAGAAAGCAUCCAGUCGCAGCUCUCACAGGAGCGUGGACACAGACAGCACACUGGGGGGUGUCUCAGUCCACUCCAUCCAUAGUCAUUUUGGCUCUGAGGGAAAGAAAUCUCCCCGAAGCGCUCGUACAACUCCUGCCGCUGGUUCUCCAGCCAGCUCUGGUUCUUCCCGGUUGUCUCCAGGUGACAGUAUCCCAAUCAGAGGGUCUGCCCAGGGGUCGGGUUCCCCUCACGCAGCUCUGCCCAGUUCCUCCUCAUCAGCUGCCAGGGCUAAAUCCAACCCCUCACCCCAUACUCAAAGCCCAGGAAGAACAGAGCACAGGACUGCAGGUUCAGCAGAGCUCCAGUUUGCUCCUGGGGUCCUCCAGCAGCGCCUGUCUGCUGAGCUCAGUUACCUGGAUGCAGUGGAAGAGUCAGUGCGACAGCUCGGUGAUGUGGAGCGAGUGAGAGGCGUGUCUCUUGCUCAGCAGGAAACUGUCUCGCUCGCUCAGAUUCUCAAGUCUCAGCAACAGAGGCAUGAGCGUGAACUGUACUUGCUAAGGAUGAAGGCAGAGCAAGAAGCCCUCGAAACACAACGGCAACUGGAAGAAAGCAGACAGAAAGCUGCACAGGCCCAAGCAGAGCUGCAAGAGGGUUUACUCCAGUCUCAACGGCAGGCUUUAGGAGGUUUGCAUGAGGCCACAAACAAAAUGAUAAACCAGCAGGCUGAGGCUGCACGCCAAACAGCUGAAACGGCACAACACAUUAAAGAGAUGACUGAGCUGGCUCGUUCACAGAUUGCAGGAGCGUUAAGUGUUCCUGGCCCCUCCAUUAUGACCCUGUAUGAUCAACAGAAACAGCACAAACGCGGUUUGAAACAGCAGCAGCCACACCCCCACACUGACAGUAGCUGGAUGAGUGAGCUGUCUCCUGAGAGACGUAAGAGUCCAUCAGAGGUCGAGACUCCACCAGACAGCCUCUCAGAGUCUAUCCCUUCCAGGAGACCCACCAUCAGUGGUGGUGGAAGCAGUAGUACCCAGCUGAGUCCACCUCAUUCUGAUCAAAAGGAGAGGAAGACACCAGGAAAAGACAGGAGCAGUAGUUCAGUGGAGGACCAGGCUCACACCACUGCCGAUGACUCCCUUUGCUCGGACAAUGUGCGAAGCCCACUUGAAGAGAAAGCAGACAGUGCCUCCAUCGCCACAGAGUACUCUGUGAAGUUUGAUGACUCUAUGACAGAGGAUGACAUUGAAGAAAGAUCGUUCCGCUCUCUUUUACCAUCCGAGGCCCACCGACGCGAAUCGCUGGACAGGAGGCCCAGUCCUCAUCCCGACUCUGAUGAUGACCACAGCCAUGACAGAUCCAGCCCCAGAGCAAGCUCAAAGCAGGAUGGCAGCAUGCCCUUCUCAAGUGGUCAGGACAGCUUCUCGAAGUUCACCAUGGAUUUGGUGCAUCAGUACAUGAAGGAGGAGGAAGUUCGCGCUCAACAUCAGAGUUCUCUGCUGCGUCUGCGUCAGAAGGCCCUCCGAGAGAAGACCAAGGCUGAACUGGCCUGGCUGGAACACCAGAAGAGGCGUCUCAGAGAUAAAGGAGAGGAUGAUAAGAUGCCACCCCUUCGUAAGAAACAGAGAGGCCUGAUACUGAAGCUACAACAGGAACAGGCGGAGAUCAAACGACUGCAGGAAGCCAAUAAAGCAGCGAGGAGGGAGAGACAGCUGCUCCUCAAACAGCAGGAGGAGAUUGAAAGAAUGAGGCACACAACACUCAAACUCAAAGAGCGGCUCAAAAGUGCCGACACAAAGCUGGAAUCACCCGUUUCAGGUGUGGCGGAGGAGUCUGCUCCGCCCAGCGUGAUUGUGACAGAUGCAGAGACCCGUAGCCCCUCCCCCAUGUCUGUGUCGGGCAGUGAAACCAGUAGCAUCAUGCAGAAACUGAAAAAGAUGCGGUCUCACAUGGACGAAAAACACUGUUCUCCUGUCCAUUAUUUCUUCUCUGUCUUUACGGCUCAUCACUGGGCCUCUCUGUCUGUCUGUCUCCCAAAACUCCACCCCAAAUUCCAGCUCUUUAUCUACAGCCAGUUGGUCAGGUACAGUUACCCACAAUCCUCCUCUCUCUUUUCGUCCCUCCCUCCUCCCCUCUCUCAGCACCUAUUUCCCAUGGAGCAUGCUUUUGUUCAUCCACUACCACAGCUGGGUUGCAAUGAUUAUGAAUUGAACUGUUACAUUUUGUGUAUCUGUAUGCAUGCUCUCACAGAAGCAGGCAGCGAAGAUGAUGACUCCCCAGCAUUGUCUGUGUCCAGCGUGCACACUGAUUUGUCAGUUCCAGAGCAGCUGGCCAGCCCUUCCUCAGACCAACCUGUCUCUGAGCUACACUCUCCUCAUAUGGGCAGCAGCCCUGCCCCUGAUACCCUCUACUCACCUGAGUUUAAUGCCACAGACAGCAAACAGUCUCCUCCAGGGAAAGCCAGCCUCAGCUCUCUUCAGCAUUCAGACAGUAGCCGGCCUGGGACUGUCACUGGCACUAGCGGAAGCAGCAAGAUGCAGGUGCGCUCCAGCUCCAAGACCAGUGAGGCCUGCACCAGUGACCCUCAUUCGGCCACUCCAUCCGAGACCACAUCUGAUCAGAGCGAUAUUGAGAGCCGUAUUCACGCCCUCAAGGACGAGCUCCGUAAACGCAAAUCUGUGGUGUAUCAGCUAAAGAAAGAGCAAAAGAAGAGGCAAAAAGAGCGACUGAAAGCUCAGGAGGCGAGUCUGCUGAAACAGUUGGAGUCAUAUAAUGACUUUAUUCAGAAGACCAAGGCUGAGUUGAGUAAAGAGCCAGACAGCACUCCAGCUACUAAACCCCAGAUUAAAACUCCCACGUCAGCCACUGAAAAGCCUCGGAUAAAACCCCCUCCGCUUCAGAGGCCUGAGACUAGCAAGAACUGGAAGAUCGUCACAGAAUCUGAGAAAUCAGAGACUGUGCCCACGGAGACAUCAGCAGAUAAAGAUGAUGUUGCACCAUCAAGACUUCAUAAGUAUUCAUCAGAACAUGAUGACAUUUCCUCAGAUGAAGAUCCUCCUACAGUUACUCCAACUCCAAUUAUGGGAAGUCCUGAACAUAUGGACAUUUUGAGGAGCUUGCAUAGUCCAGAGUAUCCAAGCCACCAAUCUGAAGAUGCCCCCUCAAUCAAAGAACAUUCUGCUAGACCAGAAGCCAAUGACCUCCUUUCGGAAGAUGAGAGUGUGGUCUCCAGCCACAAGUCAGGUAUUAUGGAGGAACUGGAAUAUGCAAAGUCAGAGGGGUCUGAGAAUUACCAGUCUGACCAACACUCUCACCCUCUGCUUAUACUGGAUCUUGGGCUUCAGAUUCCAUCACUGAAUGACUUGAAACCCAAAUUUGAGGAGGAAAGGUUGUCUGAGAAGGAUGCUGAUGACAAGCCAGCAGUUGAAGAUUCUGCAGAUGCUGCAGAGAGUAUGAGAUUUACUGAUUCUCCUGUAGUGAAAUCAAAAGAUAUAGACUGUCCUUCAGCUGAAAAGACUCCUUCAGCCAUAGAUCAUUCUUAUACCCCUGACUUCUCAUUGUCCAAGAGAGAGGAUUCACCAAAGAUGAAAGAUACACCGUCACCCUCAGGUGAUGGUUAUAACGAUGACUUUGAGCCUUCCUUUGGGUCGUCAUUUAAGGAGGAUAAUCAUGAAUCAAAGCCUACAUCACCCUCUGCCCCAGAGCCCAAAGAAAAAUCUGUUAAGUCUCCAAUGUACAGCAGUGAAGAGGAAAUUGAAGAAGAACUAAGUGUCCGAUCAGGAAGCACUAAUGGCAGCUUCCAAACUGAAAGUCAUGCAGACCUCAAUAGCCUUGGUAAAGGCUCCAAAGACGACAUAAUGAGUCAUUCAAAAUGUUCAACUUCACCACAGAACCAAAUGCCAGUUUUGCCAGUAAAGGAUGAAUUGCCAAGCUUCUGCAUUGGAGACCGGGUUUUGGUUAGUAAUAUACAACCAGGGACACUGAGAUUCAAGGGACAAACUAACUUUGCCAGUGGAGUCUGGGCCGGGGUUGAACUGGACAACCCUGAGGGAAGUAACAAUGGAACUUACGAUGGGGUAGUGUACUUCGAAUGUAGGGAAAAACACGGUAUAUUCGCCCCGCCAGACAAGAUCUCUCGUCUUCCAGAGAAAUUUGAGGUCAGUGCAGACACUGAAGAUGAAGAUUCAUCAUGUGAUGACCAGCCAAAUAGUAAAAACAAAGGUUCUGAGAAGCAGUUAGAGCACAGAAAUCUGCUAAACAAAAUUAAAGGAGAAAAAUCUGACCUAGAUUUGCAUCCUGAGACUAGAGAGCCUUUGGAUGAGCAUGAAAAGCCAUUGGAAAUUAACAUCAAACAGCUUUCCACUGGUCAAAGCACCUUUUUUAAAUCUCAGCAUAACCUGGAUUUUAAUGAUAUUGACUGCAAUAUCAUUAAGGACUGUGACAAAAGUCAGCACACAGUGCCUAACGGCAGAGUCAGGGACAUUCUCAAAUUCGAGGACACAUCUGUUGAUAAUGUUGUUCCAUUGCUCAAUAAUUUAGAUAAAGGUACAUCCAAAAAACAAAAGCAGGAAGAGGAACCAACAGCAGUCAUUUUGGACCUGUUGGUUGAGGAUAAGAAGUCCAGAGUUGAUGGUCUUCCGAAAACCACUGACAUCUCAAUCGAGGAGGCCAGUCUCGAUAAUAGAGAAGACUUGAAUAACAAAAGGGCUUUGACUAUCCUAGCAGAUAAACUUGUGGAAAACUUCUUAAGUGAUGCGGUGAAGCAAUUUCAGAAGAUCAAGAAAGACAAAGAGGAGAAGUUAUCAGCUGCUAACCAGUUGAAAAGAGACUUCAUCAAUGAAGAUGAUGGACUUGGAAGCAACAACUUUAAGUCUCAGAGCAGGUCUUCAUCUAAAACAAAGACGGACCGUUUCCGCACCUUCUUUGAUGAUGAUCAGGAGGAACUUUCAUCUCCAGAGCAUUGCAACAGACCUGAGAGCCCUGUCCUGGGUACGAGUGGACAGGAAGAGCUAGCUAAACGUCUGGCAGAGCUGGAACUGAGCCGUGAGCUCUUCGAUGUCCUUGGUGACGAGCAGGACUGGUUCGAUGAGGACUUUGGUCUCAGCUCACGAAAACAACAGCAGAAGCAAAAACAUCAACAGCGGCAAGAUGGGAUUUCUAGCUCCUUGAGUUUGGGUGCGGGGGAACAGGUCAAAACACCGCCCAGGCCUGAACUUCCCGUGCAGAUGAAGCAACCAGAGGAGCCUGCCAUGAUUGUUCCGCACACUGUCCAGGAGGUGGAGAAACUGGUCAUCGCUGCUACUCAGGAGAUCUGGAAAAGCUGCAAACUGGGUCAUGGUAGACCAAGCCUGACUGGAGUAGCCAAACCUCAACCCUCUAAUGUUUUCCUGGAAGGAGACUCCAAAGCCAAUGACCUGGAGGCUCAAUGCCAACAAAGCUACAAACUGGCCGUCUUUGAUUUAUCAUGGGAGGUCAUUCAAGACAUCUAUGCAGAAGAUCCAAAAGGUGAUCAGCCACAAUGGAUGAAGCCGCAUCGCCUUAAUUCCACCUACUUCCAUCGGGUGAAAUGCCCCAAUGACAUCACAACAGUCCAGGAAUUUGUCACCACUGAGGUAUUAAAGUUGUGUGGUCUAAAGAAAGAGCAGAACCAGAAAACAGACUGGCAGAAAAUGAUCAAAUUUGGGCGGAAAAAGCGAGACAGAGUUGACCACAUUCUGGUCCAGGAGUUGCAUGAGGAGGAAUCCCAGUGGGUGAACUAUGAUGAGGAUGAACUUUUUGUAAAGAUGCAGCUUGCUGAUGGGAUUUUUGAUGCCUUGCUAAAAGACACAACUGACGUUCUGACCCAAAUUCAGGAGAAGAAGUCCAAAAGAACUCUGUGAUGGUGUUCUCAUCUGUACAGAGAAAUGUUUUAGGUACCUUCUGUUAAACACAAAAUGGAGGAUUUGGCAUAAAAGGCCAUUCAGUGAGGAAUUCCCUUUCAGUCUGCUUGUGCAGGCCACGGAGAGUUGUGGAUUCAGGAUUCUAGACCUUGUCAGAGGUCUGACUUGUCAUGGAGAUGUUCACAUUCUCAUCUAGGAAGCCUGAUGAACUCGGCUCUUGAUGGUCCGGUGUUAAUUGUAGCAGCUGUUUGGGUCCAGAUUCCCCAUACUGUGUCUGUUCAUCAUUGCUGCUAAAACUGGCUCUGCCAUUCUCAAGUCUCAUGAUUAAAA